AUACCAGUUCAUGGUGUGCGAAAGUGAAACAUCUUUUUAUGUUCAUAUAAACAAAUUCUAUGCAGUAUUCGUUCUGAAGCAUUCAAAUCGAUGUAAAUAAAUCUUUUCUUUUGUAUAUUUGCCAACGAAAAUCGUUUGAACGAGCCCACAUUCCUUGGGCCAAUAUUCGACGACGACGACGACGACGUUUCUGAAGGGAGCUACAGGGUAAACAAAGUUUGACAUGUUUGACGCUGUACACCAACAAAAGCAAGCGCGCUGGUUCCGUCCUGCUAACAAAAAUAGUUUUGCUAGUAAAAAUUGUAAUAUACGCCCGUAACGUUGCUAUUAUGUCUGAUGAAGAGGUUAUCAAACGGCGGCUACAAAUCGAUGGUGAUGGAACCGGCGACGACAGACGCUUGAACGAUCUGCUGAAAACGUUUAUCAAAUGGUGUAAUUCGAACGAUGCUUCAGACAACAGUCAACCAAUAUACGAUCGGCUGCUCGCCCAGCUAGCACAGUGCGAGUUUGACAUGAAAAAGUCCGACUUUUAUGCGACCGUGAUGCAGCAGGAGCUGAAAAACUAUGCCACCAUCUCGGACACGAUAGAGACGGGCAUCGAAACGGCAAAGGCACAGAUCGUACAGAGCAAGCAGAACCUGGUGCUGGCCAAAAAGAUCCGCAAGAACCGGAUGGAGUACGACAUGCUGGCGAAAACGAUCAACCAGCAGCCGGAUCGUAAGAAGACGGUGCAGGAGCUGGAAUCGUUGAAGCAAAACCUGGACCAGCUGAAGGAAAACAGGGCCGACCUAGAGCGAAAGCUGGAGACGAAGAAGAAAGACUUCAGCGUGCUCAUGCGCUCCAUUGCCGAGCUGCAGAACAAGCUGGAUCCGACCAUGUCGGCGACGAGUACAAGCGCCUGCGAGGAGGAGGCGAUGGACGUUGCUCCAGUACCGAUUGUGGAGGAGAAGAUGGCGUGCGACGAGCCGCUGGUGCUGGAGGAGGAGGAUGACGCUGCCAGUUCGGAUAAUGACGAGGUGAUCCUAUCUUCGCCUGAAAAACUCACUUAAUAAGAAAUGGGAAGCAAUGUCGGUUGGAGUGCAUUGUCGUGUUGUGGCAUUGUAAGAAAUACAAGAAGUAUGCAGUUUUUAGGUCCGAAACCGAAAAGCUCCGAUACUAUUCGUUUUAAAUUGUUUGCAUUGCCUUAUUCUUUCCAUAAAAAAAUCGGUGACUGUGUUCGAAGCGAGCAAACAGUAGUUAAAAAGGAUUAUUACAUCUGAAGAUACCACUUCCGAACCGGUUUGGAAGGGGCGAGGGGAGUGCUUCCGCGAGCAGGAUACGUAUACGGAUGGAGUAGCACCUGCAAAAGCAGCCCGACGUACCCCAUAUAUGGAACUGGUAGUGCUGGUGGUGAUAUUGGUGCUGCGUGCCUUCAUCCACACCGGAGUGGGUCGGUCGUAUGUGCCCACUCGUGGAACUUUGUAGCAAGUUGUUGAAUGAAGUGGCCAAUGGGGUUCGUCCCGGUCGGUCGCCCGGUCAUCAUCAUCAUCAUCAUCGUGCUUUGACGCUAUCCGAAUCCGACUACUUGAUUCCGGCACGAUGUUUCCGCUGUGAUGAGAUUUCAUCCCUCAAACUCGUUUGUCGGUGCCCGGUGUGGCUAAGAAGAACUUAGUUGAAGCAGUUUGGUUGAAGCACUUUCUGUGGUACAAAGAUUUCUUGCUGGCCGUUUCUUCUGGCUACUCUCCGUAGGACACAGGAGAGAACGGCAGGGAGAGCUGUCUGUGUACAAGAUGGAGUAGUGUUUCGCUGUAAAAAAAAAGCUCGAUAACUUCGGGCAGCGAAAUCGAUUGGCUACGGAGCUCGUGUCGGAAGUUUCGCUUUGAACGUCCCACUUGGUGUUGGCGCGUUUUUCUUGCGCAUUUGUAUGCGACCCGGACUAGUAGAGAGUGGGUGAUGGGGUGAUGCUUGCUUGAGUGGUACUUGAGCCAUGGACAAGAAUCUGUUGCGUCGAGUAAUUGUGGUACCCGGUUCGUGGAAAAUGGUAGCCGGUAGAAUAUGUUGCUCAAGUGCACUGGGGCAAGUUCUUGGAAGGCGGGAGCGUAAAAGUUAAACCACAUCCAACGGUAAUUGGUCAUCGA